AUGUAUGCAGAAGGCGCAAAGACGCUUCCACUGAGAAAAACUAAACGAGUAGUUUCCUCAAGUGACGAGCCUAUUAAACUUCCUAAAAUAGUAGCGGAGAAAUACUCUAUUUCAAGAGCACAGCAGACCGAUACAACGCCAUUCAAUUUACUCUGGCCAUAUUUUUUCGUAAUCACCGAAUUCAAAUCAUCCGCCACAAAUGAUGCAUUAUUGUAG